AUGAAGAAAUGGAAGUCAAGACUUUUCCCAAGGCCACCAAACUGGUUAAGUGGCAAGUACUUAAGGCUCGCAAGUUCAGUGAUGUUUCUAAUAGACCUCUGCCUCUGUGUUCCCUGGACACCUCCAUUCCAGUGCAAGAUUCCCAUGGUUGAAUUCAUAGUGGGCUUCUAUGACUCUGCCUUCCUGGAGGUCCAAUACAGGACUAGCGAGUUAUUUGUGUGUGGACAGCCCAGUCCCAGAAGUUCAUUAAAUGAUUCAUCUUCUCCUUUUUGUCAUCAGUUUUUAGAGUCCUCAAGUUGUGUUGACCCACCUGGAAACACCGCUGGCUCCAGAAUGCCAAGCUCCAGUAAUUUUAUAAAAUAA